UCACUGCUAAGCACUGAAUGGCGGCACUGCUAGGCAUUGACUGGCGCAACUGCUGGGCACUGACUGGCAAAACCACUGGGCACUGACUGGCAGCACUGAUGGGCACUGGUGGGUGGCACUGGUGGGCACAUGUGGGUGGGCACAGGUGGGUGGCACUGCUGGGCACAGGUAGGUGGCACUGCUGAGUGGCACAGGUGUGUGGCACUGCUGAGUGGCACAGGUGGGCACAGGUGGGUGCAUGCUGGGCACAGGUGGGCGGAACUGGUGGGUGGCACUGCUGGGCACCGAUCAUCAGGGCACUGAUCAUCAGUGCCCUGAUGAUCGGUGCCGAUCCCUGCUCUGGCAACUGCCGGUUCUUGGCAAUACUUUCCUCUCGCUCUGACAGUGUGAGGAAAGUGCAGCCGAGAACCGGCAAUUGCAU